AUGGCGGAAGCUUUCGCAACCGACAUUGCAAAAUCCCUUUUACGGAAGCUAGUCUCUUUUGCAGUCCAAGAAUUUUGUUUGGCGUGGGGACUUGAAGGUGACCUUGCACGUCUUGAAGAGAGAUUGUCAGCAAUCAAUGCAGUUCUGUCAGAUGCCGAGAGGCAACAGUCACAAAAUGACAGGAUUCGGCUUUGGCUCCAGAAGCUCAAAGAAGUCUUUGAACAGACUAUUGAUCAUAGUAAUGUCUUGCAUGAGGAAACAGAGAGGAGACAAUCCUUUGAGAGCUUUUCCGGUCUUAUCGGAAGAGACAAAGACAAAGAACACAUCAUCAGCCUUCUAGUAGAACCUUUUGAGGUUGAUGGUGCACAUCCAUUUGUCGUUCCGAUAGUUGGAAUGGGUGGUUUGGGGAAGACUGCUUUGGCGAAAACAGUGUGUGAUGAAAGUGCUCAUUUUGAACUGAAAAUGAUGGCAUGUGUUUCAGAUGGUUUUACUCUAAAACAAGUGAUUUCAAAAAUUAUUAAAUCUGCAACUGGAGAAAAAUGUACUGAUUUGGAUGAGAGCGAACUAAAAGCAAAACUAGAUGAAAUUUUGAAUGGUGCACUUGGAAGUAAAAUUGUAGUAACUACCCGUAGCCAACGUGUUGCUGAGAUUAUGGGUACUGUUGCUGCGUACGACUUAAGUCUUCUGGAUCAAGAGGAUUGUUUAUUACCAAAAUCUACUUUCAAAUUACAAAAUUUGCAAGCUCUGUUUCCCGGUGAUGGAUUAGAAGAGCUGCCCAAAGAUGUGAGGUACAUGAUCAGCCUUAGAAUGUUAUUUCUAGUUACUAAGCAGCAACGGUUGCCAGAAGGUGGGAUUGGGUGCUUGGAAUGUCUUCAAUUUUUAUGCAUUGCUAGCUGUGAAAAUCUUGAAUAUUUGUGCGAAGAUCUGCAAGGUCUUAAAAGCCUUCGAAAAUUGUGUAUUGUUAAAUGUAGAAGCUUGAUCUCUUUGCCACGAAGCAUGAAAUACUUGACUGCACUCGAGUUUUUAACUAUUGCUUAUUGUGGAAAGCUUGAUUUGAUGACAAUGGAGGAAGAGUACGAGGAAGAAAUUAAACCACUUCGCCUUCAAACAGUAAAAUUUGUAGAUUUACCAGCAACAUUAGCAUUACCAGAACAGAUGCUUCAAGGAUCUGCAGACUCCUUACGAACGUUGGUGAUUCUUGGCUGUCCAAACAUUAAAGAAUUACCAGAGUGCGUCGGCAAUCUAAAUAAACUCCAAGAGCUUGUGAUCUGGGAUUGUCCAAGUUUGAGCAGAAGGUGCCAAAGGAGAACGGGAGAAGAUUGGCCCAAGAUCGCUCGUAUCCCUCAAAUUAAUGUUCAAGAUAUUGACAGUGAUGAAGAAACAUCUGAUUAG